AUGAGUUCGCGUGAGUUGCAGUCCUUGUAUGCAGAUCUUAGCCAAAGACUGAAUGUCCCUGUGAGUGGGCAGUUUGUUCCUGAGAGAUUGGGGCAGUCGCCACCUGAUUUGAAUGUGCCAGCUUUCGUGAGACAUCAAGGUAACACGUUACCUGGUGUUCCAGCUGAAAAUGCGAGGAGCAGUGAAGACAAAGACGUCUUUAGUCGCAGUGAGAAGUGGCUAGGGUCUCCACCUACGCCAAAUCAUCAAGCGUGGAAAGGGCGUGAAUCUGAAGUGCUGGGCAUGAAUGCCUAUAUUCACGAGUUGGUUGCAUGGGCGAACCAAGCAAGUGUUGAGUUUGGGAAGGAGAUCGCUCAGGCCGCGCGAUGGCCUACACAGAUUGCAUGGAACACGUUGUCUAAGAGUCAACAAGCGCGAGGAGUUCGUUUGUUUAGUGUGCUGAAGGCAGCGUUUGCAGAUCAUGGGCGGAUAACUCUUAUGAUCCAAAGUUUUGGAGAAGGGCUUGACAUUGUUGCAGUCGCCAUGCAGGGAGAUGUUUUUGGCUAUGAGUCUCAGGGCGAUGCUGAUGGCAAGAACGUUUCGAGCGCAGGACUCGUCAGCUCCAGUCUUUGCCUCAGAGCGCGAAAGCGUAUACGUUACAUCAUUCGCAAGGUGAGACAUAUGCCUCAUAUCGAUCUUCAGCUUUGCGAUGGGAACAUCAGCAGCGUUUGUUCGCCUGAGGCAGGUGAGGGAAUGGAUGGUCACGUCUUUGGCAUGAGUGCUAGGCCUUCUGAUGCUGGGAGCGGUGUGAAGUGCAACCGUUGUGGCAAGAAGGGGCAUCAAGUGAAUCAGUGCACGGCAGACCUUUCCAAGGUUAAGUGCUUCAAGUGCGGAGAGAUGGGCCACAUAUCUUUGAACUGUGCCAAGGGCAAGCAGGGUGAUGUUUCUCAGUCGAGUGCGAGGCCUAAGGGUUCUGAUGGCAAAGGUGCUGCUGCGGCCAAGGGUCAAGAAACGGGGGUUUGGUGGUACACAGAUGCUGAUGAAUCUUUUUACACCGAGGAAGGUGAUGAGCAAGAAGCACAGCAGGUGGACUCCACUCUUGUGUUAUCUUGUGUCAUUGAGUUAACUGAUGAGCCCAAUACGCGUUUUGAAGCUGUCCUUGAAGACAGCGAGUCGGUGUCUGUUGUGCUCCAAGAGCAGUUGUGUCAACCAUUGUUGCAGUCGUUGGGUCAAUCGCUUGGAACUGAGUUUUGGCUGCUUGACUCAGGUGCGUCAUGCUGUGUUAUCAACCACGUGACUUUGAAGACGCUUCCGCAUGAUGAGUUGACUGCAUGUGGUUCGACGUUUAUGGCUGCGAAUGGGACUCCUGUUCCCUUUGAUGGUCGUUGCCAUGUUGUGCUAAAGGUUCGAAGAAAGGAUUCAAGUGGAGCUACCAAGAAUGGUGUCUGUAAGAUCCCUGUGAUGGUGGGUGACACUCCUUACAAUAUCCUGUCAACGCGAACUCUUGGAAGGCAUGGCUGGCGUGUUGUCUUGGAUGAAGGCGUUUCUGUGUGUCAUGUGAAAUCGGGUGUUGAUAUGAUUGAUACCUGUAUUUGGUGUGACACGCCUUGGAUCCGCGUGAUUCCUCAUUCAGAAGGUGAUCUCUUGUUGCCGUCGGGUGACUCAGUUGAUCCUGCUCCAAUUUCCUCGAUUGGACAUGUUGCAGUUGUUUCGCAGAAGACCAAGGAAGAUCUUGAAAUUCACAGAGCAAAGGGCCACAUGCCCUUCCAUCCCGAUUGCGAACAUUGUCUGAAGUCCCGAGGUGUUACCCAACACAGGCGAAAGUCUGAGCGCGGAGUUGAAACAGAGAUUGUUGCAGAUUUUAUGUUUCUGGACUCUUCUGGAGAGAUGAUCAGCGUGGCUGAGCGCCAGACAAGUAGCUCUUUUAAGGUCCUCGUCCUUCGUGAGGCCUUUUCUUCUUCUAUUGGGGCUGUGAUGAUAACUGAGAACAUUGCAAAAGACAGAGGUCUUCUUUUGAAGUGGCUUGCUGAGUUUGGGAUGUCGUCCUCACAAGCAAGCAUUGUGCUUUUGACAGAUUCCGAAGAAGCGGUGAAGUCGUUUGUUGCAGGUGCGUCGGAUAAGUACAUUUUUAUGGUGCGCAAGGCUGCGCCACAGGCUCAUGAACAGCUUGGUGGUGCGGAAAGGACAGUCCGGGUCCUUAAAGAAGGGCUAGCUACCUUGCAAAGUGAUUUUCAGUCGCUUGGUUGCGUUUUGUCGUUUCGGAGAGACUUGCUGCAGCUUGCACUUUCUUACCUGUGCAUGAGUGUGAAUGCGAAUGGCAAAGCUUUUGGCGGUGAACGCUCUCCAAAGGAGGUUGCAGUUGGUCGAAGGUUGCCAGAUACCCCUUUUGCGUUGUUUGGGUCCAAGGUGCUUGCUGAGGUCCCUGAGUCUGUGAAGGCUUUGUGCCCGAAUAUGUCGCGUUUUGAGGCGGCAGCGUUUCUUCAUCCGCAAUUUGGGUCGCUUGGGAGCUUGGUGUAUGCGCAUGUGCGUGUGGGCCAGGUCUUGACGCCAAAGGUGUUUGUUGCCAAGUCGAUCAAGCUUGUGUUUCCGAUUGAGCUUGUCUUCGAGUCGGGGAUGUUUGAAGUUUUGCGUCGUCGUGGUGAGCUUGGGCCUGAGAGGCCAGAUCAUCCAGUUGCGCCUCGGAUUCUUCCGAGUUCCCAGGGUGCCUCUUUGAAGUGUCCUGUUUCCGGUCCGCCAAAGGAGUUUUUUGAGAGGUAUGGGUUCUCAGGUGAGUGCCGAGCGUGUUCUAACAUGGCACAAUUUGGGUCUAGGAAGGGCUCUUCUCACGGUCGGGCUUGCUGUUUGAGAUAUGAAGCGUGGUUGCGGUCGCAAGUUGCAACAGAUGACAGCAUGGACGUUGAAGUGCCUGUGGCUUCGGAUGCAGAGGCUAUGCGUGAAGCUCUUUCUGAGCUAGCCGAGGAUGAGUCGAGGCAAGACCGAGCUGUGGAGGAGGCUCAGGGUUCUCCUUUGCCUCCCCCGGCCAGUGGGGACGCUGCUUCGUCUGAGGCUCCAGCGAGGAUUGUGAGCGAGGCGGCCCCUAGUGGUCGUGUUUUCACGCGUGGUUGUCCUGCGUGCGAGUCUGGCAUGAAUGCUCCUGGCAUUCGUCACAAUGCUGAUUGCAAGCGAAGGAACCAACAUCUGAGUGUUAGAUUUUUUGUUUCUGGGGAGCCCGAUGAUGACGAAGCUUCAUCCAGGCGUCUGCCUGAAAAUCUUGAAGGAGCUGCUGCUCCUGAGUCUGAGGGCAUUGGGGCUCUUGAUGAGGACACUGAGAUGCCGUUUGCCGAUCCAGUGUUGACUGGAAGUGAAGGCGGAGGCAGCCUAGAGGCUGAAGAAGUGCUUCGUGGAAGCAGUGCUGUGAAAUGCUCCUCUGAAGUCCCGUUGGAAGAUCUGGAGCGUGAGAUCAGGCAGGACCAAGAAAGGGUUGCUUCAGUUAUGGUUACCUUCCACAAUUGCGAAACAGGGAAUGAUGUUCACAUGCCUCUUGCGAGUUUUGUUGAGCAGGCGUUCCAGGUUUCCAAUUAUGUCCCUUUGCUUUCAGGGCUUGUGGAUUCGGUUCAGUUCGCCCCGAACUCUACGAGUGUUGUUUUGCCGUUUGGGAAAAGGUCGCAUUUGAGACUUUGGAAGCCUAGUUCCGCUGUUGAUGACUCUACCUUGGGUGAGCUUUCAGGAGAUCAGGUCAUGGAAGGCAUGGUCAAAGAAGUCAACAAUUUGAGUCACAUGGAAACUGGGGAUCUGUUGACUGCUUCAGAACUUCAGAGUCUUGAGAAGAGGUUCCCAGGUACCUUGAAGGUCAUCCCUAGUCGUUGGGUCACGACGCAGAAAACACCAACUACUGUGCGAGCUAGGAUUGUCAUCAAGGAUAUUGCUGGCAAGAACUCAGAGUCUGCAAGGGCUUUGGGCAUUUCAAGUCCUACUCCUAGUGCCGAUGCUUUGUUCACGGUUCUUGGGGUUGCAGGUUGCAGAGAUUGCGUGAUUGCGAGCGCUGAUGUAUCUCACGCUUUCAUGGCUACGCCUUUGAGGGAAAGGGAUGUGGUUAUGAGGUUUCCUCUGUCAGUGUCUUCGGUUUCGGGGGAUCCUUUGUAUCUUCACCUCAACAAAGCCCUCAAUGGGCUACGCAAGGCUUCGCAAGAAUGGAUUUACUUCGUAGGGGAGACUGUGAAGGUUUUGGGGCUUCAAAGUUGCAGCUUAGAGCCGUGUCUGUUUUCAGGCAUGCUUGAGUCAGGUCCCUGUUUGCUGUUGGUCUAUGUGGAUGAUUUUCUGUGCAUUGCGCCAACAAAGGAGGAUGUAGAUCACAUCUUUGGAGUGAUUGAGGAGAAAGUUGAACUCAAGAGAACUGGGUUGAUCAAUUCUUCCAAGGAUGGCGGUGGCACUUUGCGGUUCAUUGGUAGGGUUAUCUCCAGGAGAAAGGGGGAGUCCUCUAUCACAGUGUCUUUGCCAGAAGAUUAUUUGGAUGAGACCUUCAAGGCUUAUGGUCUUUCGGGAAAAGGUUCCUCAAGUCCCCCAGAUGUAGCGGUUCAUGUUGAGAAGCUAGAUGGGGUUCCAUUGUCUCCUGAGGCGUAUGCCAGGUUCAGGUCUGCGUUGGGGAAAGUAGCUUGGAUGACGCAGACUCGUCAGGACUUGCGUGCUUAUGUGUCAAUCUUGGCAACGCAGCAAGCCACACCCACGAAUCAUACUGAGCAUGGUCUCCGAGCCUUGCUUCGAUUUCUGAAGAACGACAUGUGCGUGGUUGUGCGGUUGCCUGCUGCGAGUGAUGUGUUGGCUCCCUCGCAACACUACCAAGGAAAGAGGCACCUUGUGUGUUUCUCUGACGCAUCGCAUGCGCCUUUGAGGUGCAGUGGAGGAGUGUUGACACUUGAUGGCUGCGUGAUAAAGACUUUGUGUCGUCACCAACAGCUUGUGUCGCUGUCGUCUAUGGAGUCAGAGCUGUUUGCGUUGCAGUCGGUUGCUCAAGAAAUGUCGAGUCUUGGAAAGUUCAUGGCAAGGGUCUUCAUGUCGUUUCGAGAAAGCGAGGAAGUUGAAUUGCCUGGGAUACUUUACAGUGACUCAGAAAGCGCUUUGAAGCUUCUUCGCAAUUUGGACACACCCAGGCAAAGCAGACAUCUUGAGAUAAGAGUCGAGUGGCUUAAAGCUCGUGUCGCAGCGGGUUCUUUGGUCCUUGCGUUUAAGAAGGGAAUCGAAAAUCCGUCAGACCUCUUGACUAAAUGUUUGGGGUCCUCGGCUUUCGGGAUACAUCGCGAAGCGUUGGGCUUUGAGUCGCUGUCGGGACCACUUGCGUCUUUGUGCAAUCAUGAGAAGAGAUUGGUGAUGGUUGAAGUGUGCUGUCGACCGCAGUCGAGUGUUCAAGGUGCAUGUCGCAGAGUCGGGAUGAGUUACGUUGGCGUGACUGAGAACAUGCAGAGUGACAGCGUGUUCAAAGAGGUGCGUCGAUAUCUUCUGAACUUUGCGUGUGACUGCGUGUUUGUGCAUGUGUCCACGCCUUGCUCUUCUGGAUCUUACUUGCGUCGGUUCUCUGGCGGGAGCUCGUCGAAGUCGGAUUGGGAAUGGUUUGAGGUGUUUCCUUGUGUGUUGAAGUACUUGAAGCUUGGGAAGCACUCGAGCUUUGAGCUGCCAUGGAACAAUGAGAUUUGGCAACAUGACUUGUGCCAGAAGGUGCUGAAGAAGGCAGGCCACACGUUCGAUGUGCCGGUGCGAACUCGUGCUGCCAUGGUUCUCACGACCGAUGAGCGCAGGGAGCUGCGCCGUUUGCUGGAUAAGAUGGAUUCUGCAGAUGGCUUGGCUUCGACUGCCAAUACUUCUAUGACCGAUGGGACCAAGCGUCUCAGAGAUGUGGGUGGAUAUCCAGAGGAUGGGUCUACUGCAUCAGGUUCUGCUUGCGGUGCCCAGCUGCCGAUUUCAAAGGGAAGCGCAAAGGGUGUCGUGAGCACGCCCAAGUGUUAUGAAGACCUCGUCGAUGCCUUCGAUGGGGAAGAGUUUGGGGAGAGUGACAAUGUGAUUGUCGUGAGCUAUGCGGGUACUGAGGUCACCUCGGUGCCACUUCCGAGUGAUCUCUCCGUGGAGGAUUGGGGUCGAACAAUCUGCGAUCUGCCAAAGGUCCAGAAGAAUAAGACUUGGUUUAAGAAGUCCUAUGCGGCCUUGGUCAAGCUAUCCAAGGAGGAUAGCGACCUUGCAAGCUAUCUCAAUUGGGUCAAGGAGAAAUUUGGUCGCAGUUACGAUCCGACGACCCCAUCCAGUCAAGCCUCGGACCUUGCGGGGUAUUUGAUGAGGAUUGGUUUUUCAAAGCAGAAGGGAUUCCAGCGCAAACUGGCGGAGGAGUGA